UCCUCGGAGUCAAAAUUUGAAGCUUAUGGGUUCGGAAUGUUAGUAGUUUUGAGUUAUUGAGUUUUAUGAUUCGUACACUCUAGCUCCGCCCCUUGUAGAGAUUGAGCUUAUAGGCUUAAUCUGAAAGUGUGGAAAUCAGAGAGAACACCAGGGGAAAAACAAAAAGACAAUGGGAAAACCACCACAACCAAUUCAAAAUGGGAAGGAGGAGAUAAAAGAGAUUGAUACUGCGACAACCAGCAACAAUAACGAGAGCAGCAAAAAGAAGGUGACAAGAAAGUUGCCAAGCGCGAGAGAGCUUGUAUCACACUAUGAAUCACAAGGCAUGGAUCUCCAAGAAGCUUCCUUUAAGGUCAUUGAGGAUCUCCAGGGUGCUCUCUUCAGGGUGAUCAGCACUUCUCGAAAUGACAAGAAUCGCAAUAAUAAUCGGAAUGUGUCAUCUGAAACCUCUAGAAAACUCGAUGUCAUCAAUGCUCGACUCCUCAGCCUUGACAUGAAAGUUGACUCCAAGCCAGGCUACCCUCAAACCCUCGCCAUCGGGAUGGCUUCUGGUGGCCUUCUUCAAGUGCUCCCUCGUGUUGCAGAAUCGGUCGUCCAAAUUUGGAACACUGUUAGAAAUGCUACUAACUCAAAACAGUAAUAGAUGAUAAAUCUUGUUGGUUAGCAAUACUUGCUUGUAGUCAUGGUUCUUCUACUUCUGAAGUAGAGUUUUGUUGAACUUAUGAUAUGCCAAAAAAUAGAAAAUUGUUCUCUUAUGGCCCUUUCUUUUAUCAACAUUGUGCAACCUAGUGUCAUGGAUCUUAGCGUGUAUCACAUUUUUUGGCUGUUAUACAGUUGCUGUCGCUCAAGAUCUAUGGUCUUUAUCCGGACCCGAUGAAAAAAGUGGGAUCACCUAUGUUUGUUGGGCUUUCUUAACGGUAGUAUUGACAAUAUUCUUGUUGUUUUUUGUUCUU